ACGUUCGCACUAGUUUGCACGAGUCUUUGACUUGACGUGAGGGAGGAUUGUUCGAAGCGACGACAGUCUUGUCUUGGAUCUGAAUCUUCAACCAAAAAAUAUUUUAAUAAAAAACUUUAACUCGGUGAUAUUUUUACAUCAUCUUUUAUUCUAAAACGUAUAAUAUUUUAUUUUAUAAAUUAUCAAUUUGUGUCAAUAGUUACAAGUAGUUUACCGGUAACUUAUUUCGUUUAUUUAUAGUCGUUUUUAUUUAGUGAUAACGUUAUUAUUUUGAUGGAAAAACAUUUGAAUUAGUGAAAGUGCUGAUUAUUCAUUUCUAAUCUUCAUUUAUAUUACACUCUAAAUUAUAAUUCAAUACAAAGACUGUCGCGAAAGUGACUAAAUUGAGCUUGACAAUGGAUUAUGGACGUCAAUUUAGUCCUGAACUUCCUUUUGGAUCAGGUAGUUCGAAUUCAUCGGAGAAAAGCGUACCGAUUACUUCGAUGACUCCGUUUGGACCUCUAUCUUGGCAGGAUGAAGAGUCUUCAUGGGAUCCGCCAUCUUCAUAUUUUAACAGCACCAGCCCAAUAGGCACUGCAUCAUCGAGUAGUAGUGGAUCUAACGAAUACCGUAAUAAGUCUUUUGAAGAUUUGAGCGCAGAGUUGAUGAUCAAUAAUUUCAUUCAAGAAGUUAAUUGCGAAGAGAAUAAAUCCCCAAGCGAAUUCAAGAUUCCGUUUAGUAACUCUGCAAAUAAUGAAUUCCAAGAUCGCACAGAUUCAUAUUGCAAUAUCUGUUUUAAAAAGCAGCCAUCAGGCACGGAAUGUCCAAAAAAUAUUGCAAAUCCCACAAUAGUGCAUCACAACUCAGCACCAGGCUACCUGGUACCCUCACCGAUUUUUUAUCGUGCUCCCCCAAAGUUUUAUAAUUGUAAAAUUCACGAUGAAAGUAAGAAAAUAUAUUGUCUGACUUGUGCUGACUUUUAUUGUCAUGGUUGCGAUCCUCAGCAUACUGUCAAUCACAUAACUAUGCACUUGAUGGAGGCAAUGGAUUUUAUUGGUGAUCAAAGCCAUGUAAUUGCCGAUGAUCUUCAUAACCGUAUUAAUAUGUUAACUAAAGAUUUGGAAAUGGUUCAGAUAACUACUGAGAAUCUGGAUCGUAAAGCUCAUCAAGCUACCACAGAAGUCUUGUCAUGCGUGCAACGUGCUGCAACAGCUUUAGAAGCUCGCGAAAAAGAGCUCCUUGAACGCAUUGAGACAAUGCGAUUAAUGAAAUAUUCAUCGUUGAAACGCCGAGAGGAUAAUUUGAGGAAAACUCUAAAAAAACUAUCAAAAGCAGCUGAACAACUAGGUAGAGUUGAGGAAGCAUCAGGUCUCAAAUGCAAUCCUGCUGAACUGAUAUUAGCUACAGAUAUUGCUUCGAAUGAGAUGUUCAAGAAUGGAUCAAGUUGGCUAGAUAUUUCCUUGCAAGAUGAGAAUUGGAUUUCAUUUGCCGGCUCAGAAACGAAUGUUCUUAAUGCAAUAGCUAAUUUGGGUAAAAUAAUGAUUAGUCCUCCAGGCUCAAUAGGUGAUGGAAGAAAUCUAAAAAGUGAUGUAAGCUCUCCUCUUCAUUGGUCAUCAUUUUUAUAUGACAAACCAAAUCCACGUGGCAGAGCUGUAUCAGCCAACAGCUAUCCUGUAGUUACUAAGUCAGGCAGAUACUCAUAUACACCGACCUUACCAAGUACUUGUAUCAUUGGAGAAGGGGAUAUGAAUGAUGGCCUUUGUAGACCAUGGGGAGUUGCUUGUGACCGAGAUGGUCAUAUCAUCAUUGCUGACCGAUCAAAUAAUCGUAUCCAAAUCUUUAAAGAAGAUGGCACGUUUGUUAGAAGAUUUGGAGUUCAUGGAACUGGACCCGGACAAUUUGAUCGACCAGCUGGAAUUACUGUUGACGCUAAAAAUCGCAUUGUUGUGGCUGACAAAGACAAUCAUCGUAUACAGAUAUUGACUAUGGAAGGUGUGUGCUUAUUGUGUUUCGGAGAAAAAGGUUCUCGUGCCGGUCAGUUCAAUUACCCAUGGGAUGUAGCAACCAAUACUGCAUGUGAAAUAGCCGUCUCAGACACUCGCAAUCAUAGAAUUCAAUUGUUCAGCCCCGAUGGAGUAUUUUUGCGAAAAUACGGUUUUGAGUCAUCGCCAAGUAUGUGGAAACACUUUGACUCUCCACGUGGAGUCUGUUUCAACCCAAAGGGGGAUAUUGUAACAACAGAUUUCAAUAACCAUCGUCUCGUAGUAAUCGAUUACAGUUGCUUAAAAGCUCGAAUUGUUGCUUUUGAUGUUAUUAUGGGAGAUAAACAAUUUUCAAGGCCCCAAGGUCUUGUAAUCGACGAUGAAGGAAGAAUUAUAGUAUGUGAUUCACGUCAUCAUAGAAUACAAGUAAUAGAUUCGAAUGGGAAUCUAAAAUGGAAAUUUGGAGCCUUUGGAACCGGUCGUGAUGAGAUGGACCGUCCAUCUGGCGUUGCAUUGUUGCCAAAUGGAAAAAUUGUUGCCGUCGAUUUUGGUAAUAAUCGAGUAAUGGUUUUUUAAUAGAAAAAAACUCAGCAAUCGAAUCAAAGUAAGUGAUUUUAGUUUUUAAUGAUUUUUCAUUUUGACGAUAAAAAUUACCAUAUUUUAUUACUGAUACAGUAAGUAAAUGCGUGAGACGCUAAAUGUCUUAUUUAGUUAAUAAUAUUUUUUUUUAUUCAUUUUUAACUCAUUCAUUGGAUUCUUUUUAAAAUUAUAGACCUAAGAAGUUAAAAAAAAUUAAGAGUUGAGUAUCUAAAAGAAAAUAAAAUCGCGAAAAAAACAAGAAAAUAUAAUAUCGUUUUAAAGUAAAACUGACAACAAAUUAUCAGUAAUACUAUAAAUAUUAGUUUAAUAAGCCUAAAAGGGUUGGGUUAGCGACUUGAGUAUUGUUUAAUAAUUAUGGUUAUAAUUAAAGUAAGCAUUCAGUCUUACUCUUCACUAUACAAUUAGAUUCGUAAGGGAUACUUUGAAUUUUUCGGCUGUGUUAUCAACAGUCCAGUGUAUUUAUAGAUAUAAAAAUACUUGAGUUAACUGAAAGUUGAUAAAAAUUUUUUAAGAAAUAAGAAAUAUUAAUUGUGAUUGAGAAUAAUGUUUUUGCGACAAUGCAAUGAAAAUGACAUUAAAAAU